AUGAAAACCACAUCACUUCGCCGAGGUACAAAACAACAGCUUCACCGGAGCAAUGUAAAGUCCCAUGGAAUCAACCAAAUAACGAAAACACCACCAUGGCUUUCAACCAAACACAUGGGGCUAUUUUCAUGUCUCCAAGAUAUGGUGGGAACUCAUUUGGUGCUUUUGGUGGCGGCGGUGGUGGUGGUGGAGGUGGCGGCAGUGGUCUACAUGAAUCUUACGUUUUAUUGGUCGUUUUCAUGGAUGAGCACAAUUUGGACUCCUGUUGAGAACAAAUUAUUUGAGAAUGCUCUUGCCAAGUUUGAUAAUUAUACCCCUGAUUGGUGGCAGCGAAUGGCGGAGAUGGUUCCGGGGAAGACGACGACGGAUGUUAUGCGGCAUUAUAAGGAGUUGGAGGAUGAUGUUAGUAGUAUCGAAGCAGGGUUUUAUCCAAAAUAUGGGCAUAACAGUAGCACUUCUCCUUUCACUUUAGAAUGGGGAAACAGCAAUGGGGUUGAUGGGUUUCUCUCACCGCCGACAUAUGGUGCCCGAGGUAAGAGAUCCUCUGCCGCCGCCGUGGCUGUGGUGGCCGCUGGUCGGCCUCUAGAACAAGAAAGGAAAAAGGGUGUUCCUUAG